CAACAUUUCAAGACUUCGGACAACACAAGGAUACACAUAUUUUACUGGAAAAAUCACAUAAAACAAAAUAUGGAAUCAGAAUCCUUGUUGGAAAAUAAUGGUUUCGAUUUAAAAAAAGACUCAAUGGAUUCAUCAUCCGAUACAAAUGAUAAAGUCAAAUUGAACGAAAAUAAAAUUAACAAUCAACAACAUAUUGUGCCGAUUGGCUUGCUAAUUGUUUUGCUAACAAUCUAUUUGGGACUGAGUGGUGUACAAAGCUGUUUCGCUAAUAGCUCCCAAAAUGAGGAUAUUUUAAAAUCUCUACCAAACUUGAUGUACAAUCAAGUCGAAAUUAAUGAGCGUCAACUGAUAUUGGAACGAUUCUUGGAAUAUAAGGAUAUAUGCAGGGAUUUGGAAAUAUUUACCAAAGAAAUAAACCGAAUAAAGCCUAAGGUUCCAAACAAGUCGGCUGAGAUUAGAAAGAAAGAAACCACUUUGAAAACCGAAUAUAGGGACUAUAGUGGUAGUGGAAGUGGUAGCAGAGCUGUUGCUGAUGGCAGCGGAGAUGAAUGUGCCACCACCAAGUCUUACAGUAAGAAAUAUAAAAAGCCUAAAUCUAAAUAUUAUAUAAAAUUACCUAAUAAUCCAAAAAAUGGUUUCCACAAACACAAUAAAUCAACUAAAGCUAAAAAUGCCAGACAUCACGACAAAAAGGAUCUGAACAUAAAUAAGAAAAAUUCCUCGGCAGAACCAAUUAUAUAUCUUUUUGCCUUGGUUUUUAUUUAUUUGCUGUUGAAAGCAGCAUCAGAUAUCAAUCAGCAUUACAAAUCGGAAAACAAAAACGACAAACGUUUCAUGAGACGCUGUUCUUUGCAAUCCUAUGCUCAAGCUCACCGAGAUCGACGUUCAUCAAAAGAAUUGGCAUUGAAAACAAAACAACAACAGCAACAUCAACGCACAUUGGCAUCCUUGCAACGAUCCAUCAAUGCUGAACAGCAGAAGCCAAAACCACAACAACAGCAACAUUUCUAUCAUCACCACCACCACAUCGAAACAUCAUCCGUUCAAAGAACACCAUCAACACCUCCCACACUCUCUCCGGCGCCCAGGAGCAGCCACGGCAAUUGGCAAUUGCUAAGACAACACAUGACACUAUCUGUAGAUAAUUCGGACCUAAUUGUAACACCCCUAACUAAACCAGAGUUCUCCUCCAUGAUGAAACGAAGACGUUGUUCGGUGCCAGUUGCUCUAAAUUACCAUAGACAAACCACUAAAAACUCCUCAAAUCCAAAUCCCUUGGGAACACUAACUGAUCCACUAAUCAGACGAACCUCCAUAACAAUGCCCCUGGAUAGCUUAGAUCCAUUGGCCGCAAGCGAUGGAACCAAACGUAGAGUACGCAUGAUAAACAGGCAUUAAAUUAUCAAUUUCAAAAAAAAAAAAAACCGCUAAGUUCGGCCAGGCCGAACUUUUUAUACCCUCCACCAUUUGGAAGGAGCUUGAAAUUUUUCAGAAAACUUCCGGAAUCUACCCCUUAAAUGAAAACUGUUAUAUGGAGACUAUACGAAGACGUGGACAUGCUUACGAAAUUUUUUGUCUUAGGCGUAGUAGUAUGCAGUAUCCAUUUCGAACUUCAAAUACCAAAUUUGAAACAAUUCCGGUAAAUACUGUGACUAAAGUCAUCAAAAUACCGAAUAUCUGGAGGUACCGUUAUACAGGGUGAGAUGAAAAAACUGCAACCAACUUCAGACUGCUGUCAUUUCUAAGCCACUCGUCCGGCAGCUGUUAAAAUUAUUUCAGUGACAGCUCAUUAUAUUGUUUAGAAACGUACAAAAGCAUUUCCGUGAGAGUUGUCCAAAAAAAAGUUAUUCGUGAUGGAAUUCAAGCGUGAUUUCUUUAUAAUUGACUGGAAAAUCACAGGUGGUUAUCGUUAAGGCAUUCCAGCAUUUAAAUGUGAAUAAAUUAUUUGCGUCUCGUACCAUCGCUCGUUACCGUGAUACUGGUAGCCUAGCACGACGUCAAGUGGAGUAGAAGGAAGAAAACAGCAAUAUCAGCAGGAAUGGUUCGAAAAGUAAAGGAGCGACUUGAUCCAAAACCCGCGUCGCAGUGGCCGUGAGCUGAACAUAUCGCAAUAUUCCAUUCGACAAAUAUUGAAAAAUGAGCUUGGCGUAAAGCCAUUGAAAUUCCAAAAAGUGCAAGAACUUACAUCACAAAACAAAGAAAAUAGUCUCAAAAGAGCUAAAGAGUUGCUUCGCUUGGCCGAAAGUGGUGAACUGCCGAAUUUGGUUUUCUCCAAUGAGAAAACAUUCGUUGUCCAGCAGCAGUUUGUAAACAAACAAAAUGGUCCGCUCUUGUUUAGUUGCCACCAGAACUCAGGCGCCGGCCAUGGUGAUGGUGUGAGCCGGCAUCAGCCAACAGCCAAUUGUAGCUCUCCGCUCGUAUUAAUCGGCCGUGGCAUCAGAAUAAAUGCCAAAUAUUAUCGCGAAAAUAUUCUGGAGGGUGUAUAAAAGCCUUUGGCACGCAAACAUUUUGGCCAAAGAUCUUGGAAUGAGGUUCCUCGCUUCAUUUCCAGGGCACAAUGGCCACCAAAAUCUCCGGUACCAAUCCGAUGGACUAUUGUGUCUGGAGUAUUUUGGAAAACAAGGUUGGCACUAAAAAAUACCAAAGUGUCGAUCACCUCAAGCAAGCGCUUCAGCGGGGAAUGGGCCAAAAUACCGCUGAGCAACAUUCGGGCAGCGUGUGACGUUUGACCGUUUGAAGGACAUGACUCGUGCCAAGGGUGACCAAUUCAAACAAAUCUAAACUUUUUCUAAAAUUUGAUGCUAUUUCGGACAUUUUUUCCUUUCAUUCAAUAAAAUUUAAAAAAAAUGUAAAAAUUAUGGCAUUUGACUUUGUUGCAGUUUUUUUUUAUCUCACCCUGUAUGGGGGCUAUACGAAAAUGUGGACCGACAUGGCCCAUUUACGAACUUAACCUGCCUACUAGUAAACUAUGUAUGUGUGCAAAAUUUUAGCCUUCCAUCUCAAUUCGUUCGAAAGAUUGCGUGAUUACAACAGUCAAACGGACGAAAGAUAGACGGACAGAUAGACAGACAGACCGAGAGACAGACGGACAUUGUUA